AUGGAAAAGUGUAUUGGUUGUGCUGAUCGGUCAGCAUAUGACCUCACUAAACAUGGUGAAGAAACUAAACAAAGAUUAGUGGCUGAAAGAAAAUUGCCUGCACCUAAAACAAUUCAAGUUACAGAAUUGGAAAUGGAUAAAGGUUUGAUUGGUAAGACACUACGCAAAGAUUCCAAAGAGUGUGUUGAAAAAUUAUCAAAACUGUCAAUAAACGAAGUUAAACAAUUACACAAAUUCAUUGAUAAUGGAAAACGUGAUCCAACUACUGGAUUAACUUUGUGUAAAAUUGGUAAUAAAGAAUUCCAGAUAAACAAAGAAAUGAUCCCACUCAAAUCUUAUUCAAAAACUAUACAUGUUGAAGAGAUUGUUCCUAAUGUAAUAGAACCAUCAUUUGGUAUUGGCCGAAUUAUUUAUACAUUAUUAGAACAUACAUUUAAAAUUCGUGAAAAGGAUGAGCAAAGAACUUACUUAUCAUUGCCUCCAUUAGUAGCACCUUUAAAAUGUUGUGUUCUUCCAUUGCUUGACAAUGAUAAGUUCACACCCCUAGUAUCUAUGUUGUCCAAAAGCUUAUGCCUGAAAGGUGUAUCAAAUAAAAUUGAUGAUUCAAGUGGGUCUGUAGGACGCCGGUAUGCAAGAACCGACGAGAUAGCAGUACCUUAUUGCAUUACUGUAGAUUUUGACUCAUUGGUUGAACCCCAAUCGGUAACCAUACGAGAGAGGGAUUCAAUGGAACAAAUCCGAGUACCUGUAUCUGAUGUUGUGGAUUUGGUAUACAAUUUAUCACAAGGCAAUACUGUUUGGAAUGUAGCUAAAGCUAAAUAUCCUAUAUUUGAGUCUCAACAGACAAAUGAAUAAUGUCAUUUAAAAUAAAUAUACAUUUAUAUUAAUAUAUAAUUAUUACACUUCAUUUCAGAAAUAAAAUACAACUUUGUAUAUGCAAUAGAUGUAAA